UAGUCCUUCAUGGUUUGGAUGUUAAUCAGGUAAAUAUAUACUGUAAUUAAAAUGCAAUAUAUGCAGCAGGUUAUGUGGAAUGAUCUCAUCAUGAAUGUUUUCGUUUUUUAUUCAUCCUGACUUCUGCAGCCAUGAACUGGGAGAAGUCACUGAACCAGUCCGGGGUGAACUCCCCUACACCAGCCUCUUCUUCAUCUCCGUCCAUGUCUGAAGCUUGGUCCACCUUCUCUUCAUCCUGCUGCAGCUCCUCUCACCCCCUCCUCUUGACCUCCUCAUUCUCAGCGUCCUCCUUCUCAGGGCUGGACCUCCUGCACGACCUCAAGCUCGUCUUCAUCCCCCUCUACUCGGCCGUGGUCCUGGUGGCCUGCUCGGGCAACCUCCUCCUGCUCUUUCUCAUGUGGCACAACAAGAAAAGACACAACACGACCAACUUCCUCAUCAGCAACCUGGCGCUCGUCGACCUCGUCAUGUGCGUCUUCUGCGUCCCGCUGACAGCAUCUUACGCUUUUGACCAGCGUGGAUGGGUAUUUGGUCCUUACAUGUGUCAUUUUGUCACGGUCAUGCAGUCUGCAGCUGUCUAUGCAGCGGUCCUGUCCCUCAUGGCCAUUGCAGUGGACCGUUACAUAGUUGUGGCUUAUCCCAUCCGUGAAAGAGCAGGGUGGCGGUUCUGCUGGGGUCUGGUGACCUUGAUCUGGCUGUCCUCCAUGGCUUUAUCUACACCCACAGCACUACACACUGUCCACCUGGACCUGCGGGCUGCAGGGCUGCAGAUGGCCGUGUGUGAGGAGUUCUGGGACGGCCAGGAGCGAGGCCGCCUCAUCUACUCCUGUUUCAGUCUCUUCUUCUCCUACUUUGUCCCACUGGCUGCUGUCACCGUCUCCUACUGUGCCAUAUCCUAUCAGCUGAAGAAGAGGACCACGUCGGGCUUGACGGCAUGUCCAGAGUUGAGAUCUGCAAAGGCUGCAUGGAGCAGACGGAGGAGGAAGACCUUCAACUUGCUGUUGGUGUCUGUCCUCUGCUUUGCCUUCUCGUGGUUACCCUUACAGGUGGUGAACCUGAUCCGUGACCUGGACACGGACUUCUCCAUCUUAGGGAAGAAGUAUGUGAACAUCAUCCAGGUGUCGAGUCACCUGUUCGCCAUGAGCUCCGCCUGCUACAACCCUUUUAUUUACGCCUCGCUGCACGACAAGUUCCUGUCCUGUCUGUGUCAACAGUCUCUGCACCGGAGGAGAGCAAAAGGAAAGGACAGGGGUCAGGGGUCAAGCAUCCUGACGAUUUCACACAGGGUGCCGCGGCCCCACACCUCCACCACUGUGGCAGAUUUACCAGGUGCUGUGGUAAAUAACACUGGUCUUCAAGACAACUAUGGUUAAAUUGUGUUUUUUUUUCAGUUCAACAGACACAAAUACGUCUCCAAUGGUUUUUCUUUUGCUCAGCUGGAUAAUAAGCUCCUCUUCAGA